CUCGUUACUCGUCCCUUGCAAAGUUGCAAUUACAUAUGAGCGAUCAAACCUCGAGUUACAGAAGUCCGGGGUCCGAGGUUGAUCGAAGUUCAUCCCCAUAUAAUCCAAAGAGUCUAGACCUUUCGAUGGCUCAGUUUAGUUAAUACCUGACACCAGAAACCAUAGAUUGCGAAGUGAUCGGGUAAAGGCGGGGGCGAAAUGUUCGAUGAAAUUCUUGAUUGGAUUCAACUUGCUCAUUGCGAGAGCUUGUAGUCUAGCACCCACCAAGAACACCCGAGGCCGUGAAGCCUGGGAUUCAGCCUCUCCAAGUCAUUUGGCAGUCAAUAAUGCAACGGCUAUCUUCAAGAAUUUCACGGGGCGUAGCCUAUGCAGCGAAAACUGUGUUAUGCAAUGAAUCACCCGUUUAUUCUUCUCCGAAAUGCAUCUGCUCUGCGGUUUCCAUGGGAGCAACUGUCCAAAAAUUGCCAAAGCUGGAUAUUCCAGGCGAUUUCCUGAAAUGGGCCUCGCUUGGCUUUUGUAGGACAUCCAGAUUCGCCACUGGUUUCACCCCAUUGCAUCCCAAGCCAUUGGAUUCUAUUGUGGAUUUUGAGCGAGUAAAGGAUCGAUCGCCUGAAGAGAUUGCUUCGAUCUGGGACGACCAUCACCUGGGAAGAGGUCAUAUUGGAGCAUCUAUGAAAGCAAAACUUUACCACUUGCUGGAGCAAAGAGCAGAGAGUUGCCGAUAUUUUGUCAUUCCUUUGUGGCGGGGAAGUGGUUAUACGACAAUGUUUGCUCAAGUGCAGAUGCCACACAUGAUUUUCACUGGUCUUGAAGAUUAUAAGGCCAGGGGAACUCAAGCAGCUCCUUACCUGACUGUGUCCUUUUACAAAGAAUUUGCAGAGAGCAAGGAUUUGGUACUUAUCCGUGGAGAUGUAGUAUUUGCUAGCAAGGUUAGUGACUCAGAGGCAAAAUGGCUUAUAGAAACGGCUCAGUCAUUUUAUUUGAAUGAUAUGAGGUACAAGUUGGUUGAAAGGUUCAACAAAGAAACGCGAGAUUUUGAGUUCAAGGACGUGUUGCAAGCAUUGGGCAUGCCGAUCUUAUGAUUUCUGACUCGAUCAGCAUGUGGAGAAACUUAGGGAAUCUUUUUCGUGAGGGCAGAAAUUAAUUACAUUCGGCAUUCUUUUUUUGGGUCAACUUCGUGUUCGUUGUUUGUUCCCCUUUUCUUAGAUUGAAUUCUUAAUUAUCGUGGAAAAUUGCUUCGUUAAAACUUAUUCCGUGUAAGAGUGAAACCAUCGCCUUGAAAUCCGAAUUCCCAGUCACAGGAAUUUGUUAUUUA